AUGGGCGGUUUAUUAGAAACAUCGAAACACGCAGGCGUGGUUUAUUCAGUAAUGUUGAAUAGAGGAUGGAUGGAUAUAAGUGUAAAGAAUUUGUCUGCGAUAAUUUUAACAGAUCUUUAUGGAUGUUCGGAUAAGACUGAAUAUUGCAUUUUCGAUUAUUCGAAUCUAGAUGAAAAUGGCUGCAGAAACGAAUAUUCCUGA